AUGAUUGAAGAUAUCUUAAAAUAUCAUCAGAAUGAACUUAUGUUAUAUGGAUUUCCUAUUCUUGGAACCUCAAAUCAUCCAUUUUCGAUAUCUCUGUGGGUUCAACGAACAUCAACGGUUGGAGGAACUCUUGUUCAUGUUUCGGCACAAUUUAAUGGAGCAGGAUGGGGUACUGAUUUCAUCGGAUUUUCUUCAGGUGGACAAAUAGUAGACGCUGGUUACGACGGUACCGUUAAAAAUGUAGUAGGUCCCGCUGUGUCGACCAAUGUCUGGACGCAUGUCACCACUACUUUUUCGACUACAAAUGGUGUUCGAUUGUAUGUCAAUGGAAGUUUAAUUAGUUCUACAUGUACGAUGGCAUAUUCAGCUUCAGGAGCAGUAAAUACAUUGACAUUGAGUAAUCCACGGGUAACUGGAUGCGCUACUAAGUCAAUUGUUCCCGGCACUUUUUAUGGCUAUUUUGAUGGAUUUCAUCUUUAUUCACGAGAACUGAGUGCUGCGGACGUUACUACACUUGCUAAUCCUUGA